GUAAAUAUCCCGUCGGCGUCGAGUUUUAAAACACACUACUGACGACACACGCGCUGACCUUACUAGAGGCUUGAUAAAGUGACGAUAGAGCAGUUUAGUAACCGCCGCCGACGCAAGCACACGUAUCAAAAUGGCAGAAACAAGCUCUCCCACGAUAUGGGAAGAACUCAUGAGCCCAUUGAACAUUGUGUUAAUAGCUAUUAUUGUGUACCUCGUGUAUAAAAUUGUCAAAUCUAACUUUGAAAGCGAAGUGACAGUGGCUGCACCUCCUCCAAGACUUCCCAAACUCAGGAAGGAUCUAACGGUAGCCGAAUUGAAGCAAUACGAUGGUACUCAACCGGACGGCAGAGUACUACUCGCUGUACUCGGAACAAUUUUCGAUGUAACCAGAGGAAAGAGAUUUUACGGCCCCGGUGGUCCAUACUCCGCCUUUGCCGGAAAGGACGCCACCCGUGGUCUUGCUACUGAGAAGGUAGCAGCAUCUGAGACUGAAUACGAUGACUGCAGUGACCUGACUCCUGAUGAAAUCGCUUCUGCCAAAGAAUGGGAAGACCAGUUCAGAGAAAAAUACGAUAUUGUGGGCCGUCUGUUGAAGCCGGGUGAGACCCCGAACAAGUACAGUGACGACGAAACAGAAGAAAAGAAAACACAAUAGAAUAGACAAAAUAUUAUUUGAAACAAUUGAAACGUGAUGUUUCUGAAAUCGGGUGCCUAGGGAAAAUGUUUUAAACGUUAAUAAAAUAUUUUUUUAUAUUAAUA